AUGGUUUCUAAGGUUGUGUUAAAAGUAUGUUGUCUUAUAUUUUUCUGUGGUUUAGUUGCACUUUUGUGGAGUGAAACUACUAAGAAUUUAAACAGUUUUGAAGUGUACAAUGAAACUUCAACGAAUGGUUCAGUGAACGAGGCACGUAAACGGACGCUUUCUAGGAGUAAAAGGUUCUUAGUGUUUCCGGAAGGCAGUUCUCUUCAAUUAGUGUUCUGCGUCCAAACCUCAGCUCUCAUACCAAUAGGUGAUAUUUUCCUGUAUGGCAAUACAGCGGCGCUGGCGUGGAAUCUUCCGACGGAUCCGAAACUUCUUCUUAUGCUGAAAGAGUAUGAGAAAACCGCUAAAAGAAGAGUAGAUGAGAGUAAUGUGUACUACGUGGAUGAUAAGGGAAAGCUGAUUGCUAAAGUGCCUUAUAAGAGACGCACUAUAAUAAACCCGGCGUUCGCCAAACGGAGCGUCAGUGAUAAAACGAGUUUCAAAGAAAAAUUAAAGAUAAAGAUAGAUAGACUGCAGAUGCACAAAAGGCAGCUGCAGCGAGAAUAUCUGAAGAAAAAUAACUUCGACCGCGACAGCAUAGAGUUCCAUCGGCACAGCAGAGUCGAUUUAUAUGAAAAGCUAGCGCCAUUUAUUACGGCGCUAGGAGGCGACGGUCCGCAGUGCGUUCUUCGCAAACUAUGCGAGACUGCGAAAGCUUCCACGCGGCAAGGCACAUUCCUGCAGGAGAUGCUCAGAGUUGUCUUUACAUUGCCAAAAGGAACGCAAUUCCAAUCAGAAGAUCACAGGGGUUACGACAAAGCUCAUUCAGUUCGAGACGACUGUGCUUCAAUGUACCCCGCAUUAUUUUGUGCCCAAAAUCAAGGCUACCUCCAGUUGGGGGACAUCGUGUGGUUUGGCAACACCGCUGCGCUGGCGUGGGAGCUGCCCACGGACCCGGAAUUGCUCCUUAAACUCAAGAAACACGACAAAUUAUCGUACACCGCACAGAACAGGGACGGAGUGUCUAAACUCUUAUACUAUUUGGACGAGAAAGGAAAUGUACUUUCUAAGGUCCCUUAUCGAAAGAAAAUUAUCGUCAAUCCAGCAUUUGCAAAGCGAAGUGUAGAUGAGCAUUUGGCUGACCUAGACGAGUUAAGCGUUACAACAAUUAAAGAAUUGCAUAUUAAACAGAAGAGUUUGAGAGUUUUUGAUGACCUUGACGAAAAUGCUGUCAAUUUCCAUCGGCGAGGAAGACAAAGCCUUUAUGGGCAACUGGAAACGUUUAUACAAGCAAUAGGGUGGACGGGUAGAGAAUGCGUCUUACGCCUGCUAUGCGAGUCUGGGAAGGGUAGUGCAGACCAAGGCACGUUUUUAGAGGAAAUCUUUAGAGCCACAUUUACGCUCCCGAAACGACGUAAAUCGGAUGGUGACUUAUAUAGGGAUUACGAUGAAGCCCACAACGCGAAAGGAGAUUGUCCCAGUUUAUAUCCUCAAUGCAAGCAAACUGUUAAAAAAUACAUUUGA